AUGCCGCGCUCAUGGAUCCUAUGGAUUUUGGCGUCCCUGGGGCUCUUGAUGGUCAUCACUCUCUUAAAUGGCGAGAUCCGUUUGAUGCCCACCAGCAUGUCCUUCUCGCUGAAGACGCGAGACGGACGAUGGGUCUCCAAUGAGCAGGUCGAAGAUUUGGAACAGAAGGCCUUGUUGAAGCAUUGGGAUGGCUCCUGGACGACUGGCAUCAACAUCGGCGUCUACGUCGGGACCAGUUGCAUCUUCCUCGAUAAACUCUUGGAGAAGAAUGAUGCUAAAGCAUCCACUGCAUGCGUUGACACCAAUGUCAACAUUCAGCCUACUCUGCAGGAGAACCUGCGUUUGAACCACCGGCACGUCCACAACCUCAACGGCCUCUUGGCGGAGCUCAGUCACUGCCCCGCAGAGAUGACCGUCGUGGACCACGUGGAGCCCAAGCGCAUCGGCAACGAGACGCUGACGCCCGGGAAGCCGGGCAUGCCGGCGUCCUUCGAGGGGAUGGGUGAUCGGGGCGGCCUGCCCGACACCUUCGUCAUCGAGCGGUGCUACACCGUGAACUUCGUCCGGGAACUCUUCGCUGGGCACAUGCCGCAGGUAUGGUUCAUCGACAUCGAUGGUUUCCUGCCGAGUCUGUAUCAGCAGAUCCACGAGGCCUUCGACGAUCCCAGCGUCGAGCUGAUCUUGUACGAGCGCGAUCGGCCCUACAGUGCCCCAGGCAAAGCCAGCACCGUGGCCGGGCAGUCUGACCACGUUUGGGAGGCUCAAUAUCGAGACAUGGAGGACGGCUUCAAACGCCAGGGCUUUCGUGCCCUGCAGUGUGACAACAUUAUGUGGGGCAUUUGGGUGUGGCGCCGCGGCGGGCCGAGCUUCACGAUUCAUCUCUGGCUGCUGUUGGGCUGGAUGGCAUGUCUGGUCAGCAUGUGCCUGCUAAGCGAUCUCCUGGUGCCUCCGAAGGUAAAGAAGUGGCCGGUGCCCGUGUGGCGCUUGCUGGUCUUGCUCUGUUGGCGGAUGGUCUACGAAGCACUGCCGAGCCUGCCGGUGAACAUGACCGAUCCAAUUACCGGAUUGGAUUGCACAUGGAUAUGCAUUCAUCAUGGCUUGGCCUUCGCCAUCUCCAACUUCCUUUUCCUCUAUGUCGCCGUCCUUUGGCCCCUCGCAAAGGCGUUGGCGCUCCGUACCUGGGCGAUGCAUCCCUUCUGGCUCCCCUGGGUGCUCUUCACGGCGAUCGCGGAGUCGCAGCUGCUCCUGGGAUUUCUGCUCCACGCGCUGCUUCGAGCCCCGGCCGUGCCGCCCGUGGGGUCGUUGUGCUUCGGCCCGGGGCCGCAGCAAAGUAUGUGGGAGCUCUCCGUGGGAACGACGCUGGCGUUGAGCCUUGGGCUGCUGCUCUUUGUGGAGAUGCAGCCCGAGCGCCCACCGCCCGUUUAG